ACUUCUGAGUGAAAGGUCUGUGGUUUUUUCUAAUUAGACUCUUUCUGGAACACUUCGAAACACUCCACGAGCUCUACACUCUGCGAUUUCACAUCUUUCGCUUCUCUUUCAUCCUUAUCUUUCUCACCCUCUCUCUCUCUGCAAUUCUCUCAACUCUUCAAUUAUUCAUCUUUCACUUUCUAUCUCUUACUUCUAAUAAUACCCAUUUUCUAUAUCUAAUCUUCUUCCUCUUCUUCUAGUUUUUAUUUUAUUAUAAUACACACAUAUAUAUAACUAUGGCGCUAGAGACAUGGCUGAUCAAGGUCAAGACCGCUAUAUCCAGCAAAUUCGACGUGGUUAGAUCCUCAUCAUCGCCAGCACCGGCUCACCCCAAUAAAUCAUCACCAGCAAUGAAGAAAUCAUCAAACGUCGGCGUUUUGGCAUUCGAGAUUGCUGGACUCAUGUCCAAGCUCAUCCAUCUAUGGCAACUGCUUUCCGAUAAGAACAUGAUUCGUCUUCGUAACGACUCAAUCUCACUAGACGGAGUUCGCAAGAUCAUCUCUAACGACGAAGCUUUCCUACUCGCCCUCGCCUGCGCAGAGAUCGUCGAAAACAUCCGCCUACUCGCCAAGUCCGUCGCCCGAAUCAGCAAGCGCUGCGACGACGUUAAUCAUUGGAAUUUCGACCAAUGUUUCAGAGAUUUUGCAGAUUCCGGUCGAGACCCACACGGCUGGGUUCUCUCUUCCAAAGACAUGGAGGCCAAGAACAAGAAAAUGGACCGUUACGUUACCGUAACGGCUGCACUUUACAGGGAGAUCGAUGAGCUCUCGGUUAUGGAAGGAGGGUUGAGGAAAUUAGCGUUGCAGAUGAGCCAAAACGACGCCGUUAGCAUGAGUAACAGUAGUAUUAGUAGUAAACUAGAGGAGAAGAUUACGGAUCUUCAGCAAAAGAUUUUGUGGCAAAGACAAGAGGUGAAGUACUUGAAAGAGAGGUCCCUCUGGAGCCGAAGCUUCGAUACUGUUACUUCUGUUCUCGUCAGAUCCAUUUUCACAAUUUUAGCUAGAACCAAGCUUGUUUUCGGUUUAGGAGCACACUACCCCCCUUGUUCUUUGCCACGUAGUCUCUCUGCUUCUGCAACAGUUCACCCAUCCGAUCAUCAUCAAAGCCCAUCCAAUCUCGAUACGUGUAGUCAUUUCGUUUCUGGACCGUUAAUGAAGCGCGACGACGAUGAUGAACCGAAUAAUAAGAAGAUUUCUACUGUUAAUACUGGGUUCUUUGAGUCGAACUCGAAGCUGCUAAAGCCGCCGCCGUCGACGACGCUGGGAGCGGCGGGGCUAGCGCUCCACUACGCCAACUUGAUCAUAGUGAUGGAGAAGAUGAUAAAGUCGCCGCAGUUGGUGGGUGUGGAUGCGAGGGACGACUUGUACUCGAUGCUACCGAACAGCGUAAGAUCUUCGUUGAGGUCCCGAUUGAGAGGGGUUGGAUUCUCGGCGAGCGAUCCGGUCCUUGCCGGAGAGUGGCGGGAGGCGUUGGGGAGAAUCUUGGCUUGGCUUUCUCCCUUGGCUCACAAUAUGAUAAAGUGGCAAAACGAGAGGAGCUUUGAGCAACAGAACUUGGUACCCAAAACCAAUGUUCUUCUAUUACAGACUCUAUUCUUCGCAAACAAAGAGAAAACCGAAGCCGCCAUAACUGAAUUGCUUGUGGGUCUCAAUUAUAUUUGGAGGUUCGAGAGAGAGAUGACCGCUAAGGCCUUGUUCGAAUGCCACAUCAAUAAUAAUCUUAAUGGGUUGCUCGACAAUAAUACUCUGAAGACUUCUUCUAGCCCAUCGUCAUCAUGAUCAUGGAAAUAUAGAUAUCAAAGAUCACAGCUCAAGCAUUAAUUUUGAUAAUCUUUUUUUCUUCAUCAUCUUUUUUAAUGAUAUGAUUUUUCAGGUUUUAAAUUAAUUGUAUAAGUAUGUGUAUGUUGAUUUUGAGAGGUUUGACUGAUGAUUACUGAACAGUAAUUUCAGAUCUAUAUUUUGAGGUUAAUUAGUUUUUAAUUGUAUUGAUGGACUCUUGAAUCUUGAUCCAUCAGAUCAUUGUAUAUGGUAAUUAAUAUAUAUAGAGUUAUAUAUGUAAAUGGUCUGAUUUUCUGCUAAGUUUAUUUCAAAUA